AUCAGCGGUGCAAAAAUGGUGAAAGUGCGCCCCCAUGGCCGCCGCUGCUCCGCCUCAAACCGGAGCCGGAUGUGAGGUUUGAAAUACAACAGCUCCCGGACCGCGUUGGAUGCCUGGUUGAUACAGAGAUGAGUGGUGACAACGUUAAGUUGUUUGUGGGGAACCUUCCUUUGGAUGCAACUCACGACGAGCUGAACAAGUUGUUUGCUCCGUAUGGAGAGAUCAACACCUGCUCCUUGCUCAGACAGUAUGCCUUUGUUACCCUGAAGGGAGAAGGGGCAGCAGACAGGGCCAUUCGGCAUCUCGAUGGCAAAGAGUACAGAGGCAGGCCCCUGGUGGUUGAGGAAUCCCGUGCACGCCCACCCAACUCCACCAAAGUAUUUGUGGGGAACCUCAGUGCAACAUGUUCAGCAGAUGACCUGCAUGGACUGUUCUCAACCUUUGGAAGAGUUUUAGACUGUGACAAAGUCAAAGCCAGAUUAUGCUCAAAUGUUGGCUAUGCCUUUGUACAUAUGGAGAGGAAGGAGGAUGCCAUGGCAGCUAUUGAUGCACUCAAUGGGACCAUGUUCAAGGGCCGUCAGUUGGCUGUAGAGCUGUCCAAAGCCCAACCUUUGAUCAACCAGAUUGUAACUCCUGGAAAUUCAACUAACGCAGCCGGUGGCAGAGAGGGUCUUCUUCCCCGACCACCUCCAUCACUAGAGCAUCACCAAAGUCAAGCAGCUGUGCUCGCAGCAGCUGCUGCAGCUGCUGCAGGACUACCCAUACAAGUUCAACAAAGUGUCCAUAACUCAUUCUACAAUACCACAUCCUUUGACCCCACCUAUGCUGCUCUGAAGGGCAUUACAAGUGCUAAAGGUGCAGAUGGGGUGAUAUACGGUGCUCUUGCGAGCCAGGUGUAUGGAUCUGUUGCUGACCAGGUGUACCAGGAUAUGGCCAAUCACAACCCUGGACCCAGCGCCGCCGAAGAGGAAGUGGAGCCACCAGGCGGACCAGAUCCAACAACGCUUUUCGAGGCUGCAAGAGCCAAGUUCUUUCAGGAGGGACAAAAGGUUCUGGCAGAGCAGCAGGCAGGAAGAAAGACAGCGUCUUCAGAUAAUGAGCGGGACCGCAGCCCAAUCAGAGGGAAUCGAGCUCCACUCCUCCCCGAUCCUGUUCCAGGUUCCUUCGCUCAGAUACGACCCAAACGACGCGCCCUGCUGCCAACACCACCUGGAGGACCUGAGGACCCCGCAGCUGCCACCGCUACUCCUGAAGGGUCUUACACAGAGUACUACCAGCAAAUGCAUCAAUACCAACAGUAUCAACAGUACCAACAACAAUACCAGUACCUCCAGUAUGCCUACACCAAUCCUCCUCCACCACCUCCUCCACCUCCACCGGCCACCACACAGGCACAGACCUCCACCACAACCCCUGCACCCCCAGGGACAUACUCAGCACCCCCAACAUAUGCCGCAUCAGGAGCCUACGGAGCCCCAGGAACUUACGGCGCCUCAGGGAGUUACGACGCCUCAUCGGGGAGUUACGACACCUCAUCUGGAAGCUACGACGCCUUGGCAGGCUAUGACGCAUCUGCAGGCUACGGAGCAUAUGAUUCAUCAGGAGCUUACGCAGCAGCGGGAAGCUACUCCGCAUCCACACCGUAUGAGCAGACACCCGCACACGGGCAACCCAUGCCCCAGCGCCAUGAUUACCCUUACCACACGCCAGAACCCCCUUAUCGAUAGACCCAUCCCCCACACACUCCUUCCACACUGCAGAUUUGUGUGUGUGUUUGUGUGUGUGCAUGUGUGUUUACAUAAGGGACCGUUUAAAGAGGAAUAUCAGAGAGGGAGCAAGGUUGUAAUUUGAAUGUGCUUUAAUUCUAAAACAUCCUCCCCUUUUGUACAUUUGAACCUAGUCUGUAACUAGCAGUUGGUGGCUUUGAAGUGGGUGAUUAUACGAGUUAACAAGUGGACACAGGUGGAAAUUAGUGGGACAGAUAAUACUGGAAUAUUGUCAAGUAUUCAGUUUCCUGUUAGAGGUUAUAGAGGUACAGCUGGUUCCUUGUUGAAUGUUAAUGAAGCUUAAAUCUUUCUUUGGACUUAAGUUUGACUCAGUGGCCAGGGUUAGAUUUCAUAGAAUCUCUCUGUUUGGUGGUGGAUCAAGGCCUCUUAUGUACUCUACAGAAGAAAUCUGCAGGAAAAAUGGAGGUUCCGUUACAAUGUUGUUUAAUGUGCAGUCCAGAGUUUAUGACACUAAAUUUUUAACUGCAUCAUCACACAGUGGGCACAAAACUAAAAAUACUUCUCAGUAUCUAAAUAACAAAUACUUAAGUUAUAUCUGUUUGAAUAGAAGAACUGAUAUCAUGGCAACAUGACAAAAUUAUCCAUCUUGCAUUCUUGACCUGUUAGCAGGAUAUGAAAAACUUGUCUUCCUCCUGUCAAAACUUAGUAGUUUAGUAGUAGUUGGAGAUUCAGGUCUGUACAGGCACAUGUUCCUUUAUGGCGACCAAGUCAAACCUACAUUUUCAAGGCCACAAAUAUGUGUUGGUGUAGGAGACCUCUGUGUGGAGUAUGUAACAGGCCUUCAUUUGAACUUUGUCACGUUGACUCUUUUGCGUUGAGCCAGGCUGUUCAUCCAGACAUUUAACUGCAGACAUUUUCGUGCAGCAUCAGACAGAUUUUGUUGCCUUUUCUAUACUGAAGAACCCCCACCUGGUAAAGAUUGAGAAUGUGUGUUAAUUGACCAGAUUGUCUUAUUAUAUGUUUCAGGCGGGUUUCUCAGAGCUGACAGGUUUUAAAGCUCAUGAAGCAGUUCACACUCACAGCAGGGGUGUAUCAUUUUUUGACCGUCUCAACUUUUGGGCCAUUGAAAUCUUGGAUGUGGCAAAAAUCACAGUAACAGUAUAGACUAGUUGGAAUUGUAGGUCGAUCAGAUUAAAUUGCAGACCAGUUAACUCUGUAUCAUUGAGUGAUUUUGUGGUUGCCUGCUGGCAUGAAAGGUUUUCUUGUUGUUUUGAGGGUGUGAAGAGUGGCUCGAACGCAAAUUUCUAGUCCUCACAGGUCAUCCUGAUUAAUUGGAAGGGUUUAAGUUAGACAGAUAUUACCAGUUUGUGACUGUGGAUGCCAUAAGUUUCAUAGUUCAUUGGAGGAAUAGCCAAGAAUUUUUGAAAUGACAUUGAUAGCAACAGGGAAAAAUACUGAGUGGAUGUUUUCAGCAGUUAAAUUGAAGUAUGUGAUUUGAAUGCUCUCUCGGAGCUGUUUGCCAUAAUUUACCUUCCUUAUUUGUUCUUGUUAAGCCCAGGCUCAGUGUUCAUCUCGAAGUGAAACACAAGUACCAAUCUGAGAAGUUAAAUAUAUCCUGUCAGAGUUUAGUCAAAGGUCAGUGUUUGCUUCUAAAACGAAAGAAACCUUUAAGUAAUUUUGCAAUCAUUUGCAUCUUUUGUUGUAUUUCAGUUUUGUUUUGAGUUGUUGUCAGAGCAUCCUGUGCGAAAAGCAAUGUGAACACAUCCUCAUCUUUCUCUAACUUAAAUACUCAGUUGUACCUAAGACCCCAGCCUGAAGAAGAGCAGCUGUGUUUUUGUUGGUUUUGUAUGUACAUAUUUGAAUUUAUAAAAGCAGCAAAUAUUGUUUGGCCAAUGAUGUUCAAAGAAUCUGAGCUUUAUAGAUACUUAAAUUUCCAAUUGGUUUUUGACAUUUUUGUAUCAUUAAGUUUUGCUCCAGUCUUACCAGCUGCUGUGGUGCUUCAGCUUACAUUGGAAACCACUGGUGAUUUAGAGUGAAAGUUGAGCUAGUUUUCAUACCAGAAAAAUGUACAAUUUGGUACUUGUGUAAAUACUUGACACCUUAUUUUAAACUGAAAAAGUAAUGUCAACCAACAUUUGGUAAGAAUAUUGACUGUUAAUAUUAAGAUGAAGUGAUUGUGUUUCUUCCCGAACAGUUGACAGAUAGUGAGUGGAUGAGAUGAAGUAGGACUGUUGUGUUGUGGUGCCAGUCUGUUAAAAAUGGCAACCCUUUUGUGUGGCUGAAAAAAGGAUUACCGUCAUGCUUGUAGCAUGUAGUGAGUGGAUUUGAGCCGCUGUGGCAUAGGAGUGUAUAAACUAAAAGGCACUGUAAAAUCAGAUAUUGCGUACGAGUUGAGGUGCAGAUUCUAGAAAUUAUAGGGGUAAAAAGUGAGAAACUAUUUGAGCUGAGAGCGGGUACAAGUGUUAUCUUUUCGAAAUGCAGUGCAGUAGCGUGUCGCUGAUGUGCAUAUAGCAUAAGGUUAUUCGCUGAGUGGAUAUGAGGUGACAGUUUUGGUGCUGCAGGUGAACAUGAAGGUUGUUUUGGAUUUAGUAGAAGGCCGCUGAUUUUUUUUUUCUUUUUUCUUCUUUUUCUUUUUUUCCCCGAGCAGCAGUGAAAAGGGCCGGUGACCUUUUCCCUUUUCCCUCUUCUGAUCUCAACAGAGACACAGUUAAUUUUGACAAGUGGCUAGGAUCACUGGCUUUCUCUGCAUUCAUAUCACAACUAGACAGCUCUUCGACUCCACACUUAUAUCUAGAUGUAUUUUAACUUGGGUUCAUUGCAUUUUACUCAUGUAAAGCAGACCACACGUGCAAAUGAUACUAAUGCACACCUGAUUCCAACUGAAUUUUAUGACUUUCAGUAGUUGUUCCGUUCGUGAUUGUACCACACACCAGUUACUCAUCCUAUUUCUUAUUCUCCGCCUGAAUUGGUGGUGCUGUGUUAGGUUUAAGUGACACAUAGCCUCUUCUACAUUUUCACAUUAUUCCACCUUCUCCAUGUGAACUGUUAGUUGCAUGCCUUGUUGUUGCUGCUGCUCCAGCCACCUUCUUCCUCUUGCUGAUUAUUGCAGCUAGAGUGGGAGGGAGCCAAACUGAGCCCUUGCCCUGGACGUACGCCACACGCAGCUGUAGCGUGGGAUGGGGAAAACAGCAGCGUUAGGCCUGAAACUGCUAUGGACGAUGGGGUGUCCCCCCGCUAAGGUAAACACUCAGACCACACACUCCUGCCCCUCCCCGAAACACGCGUAUACACUCACAAACACACUCACACGCACAUACAGGUACACCUUUGGCCAUACUUCCUAUUCCUCACCUGUCUUAGGGAUUUUUGGAAAUGGAUCUCCCAUCCUUUUUUGAUGGGAGGUAACUUUUUUCCCUGCUUUUGAUUUUCUUGAUCAUAUCCCUACAUUUCCCCCCCUCCCAAGCAUACUCUGCUCAUACAUUCCAGCUCCCAACAUACCAACUGCUCACACACACUAUCUUUUAAGGACACAUACACCACCUUUUUGUCUAAAUCUGAACCCUUUCUGAAGCAGGCGCGUUGUUCUUAGUACAUCCUGCAUCUAACAGCCUGUUGCUCAAGAGUAACAGGCGAUCGCAGCCAGAGCUGGACGUGGGACAUUUAGGUAGGACGCGUUGUUUUAGUUUUUGUAAAUGUGCCCCUGGGGCCACUUUGGGGUUAAGUGCCUUGCUUAAGAGCACAUCUGUAGGCCCUCCAUUUCAGAGUUGAAUAACCUGGCUCAGGAUCGGUUGCUGGUUCAACGCUCGUCUCCCCCUCUCCCCCAAAAACAGCGAUUUUUGAUGCCACAUUCAACUUGUAUGAAUGACAAUGAACACAAAUACUAUCAUUUUGUUUUAAAUUACAUUUUUGUCUAUGUUCUUUGAAAUGUUUAAUUAUCAAUAAAUGAAUUUCAACUGAA